UGGAGUUUUGUGGCGGGAACCAGCAACUCAAAGCCCUAGAAUUCCUAUUUGCUGCUCCAUUGCCACCACCAUGUACUGGCUGUCAAGCAAAAACGUCGUCGUUUCAUUCCCUCGAUUCUGCUCUCUCGCUCUUCUUCUCCGUUCCCCUGCCUGCAAAUACACUUCAUUUCGUUCUUCUACACUUCUACUCCAACAGUUUGAGAAGAGCCGAUGUCUCAACGAAAGGAGGGUUUUGAAAGGAGCUGGAAGAAUGACAAAAAAUGUUAUAGGAUUGAAAAAUGAGCUAGAUGAAAAGGAUCUUUCUCACAUAAUGUGGUGGAAGGAGAGGAUGCAAAUGUGUAAAAAGCCGUCCACUGUCCACCUUGUUAAAAGGCUUAUAUAUUCCAAUUUGCUAGGAGUGGAUCCUAACUUGAAAAAUGGGAAUCUAAAAGAAGGAACACUGAACUGGGAGAUGUUGCAGUUCAAGUCAAAGUUUCCUCGUGAAGUUUUACUCUGCAGAGUAGGGGAUUUUUAUGAAGCCAUUGGAAUUGAUGCUUGUAUUCUUGUUGAAUAUGCUGGUUUGAAUCCUUUCGGUGGUUUGCGCUCAGACAGUAUACCAAGAGCUGGCUGCCCAGUCAUGAAUCUACGACAAACUUUGGAUGACCUGACACGUAGCGGGUAUUCAGUUUGCAUAGUGGAGGAAGUUCAGGGUCCAACUCAAGCUCGUUCUCGUAAAGGUCGUUUUAUCUCUGGGCAUGCGCAUCCGGGUAGUCCUUAUGUAUUUGGACUUGUUGGGGUUGAUCAUGAUCUUGAUUUUCCAGAACCAAUGCCUGUAGUUGGAAUUUCUCGUUCUGCGAAGGGUUAUUCUAUAAUUUUAGUCCUUGAGACUAUGAAGACGUUUUCAGUAGAGGAUGGUCUGACAGAAGAGGCUUUAGUUACCAAGCUUCGCACUUGUCACUACCAUCAUUUAUUGCUGCAUACAUCUCUGAGACGCAACUCCUCAGAUGCCUCAUGGAGUUUACAAUCAAAGUGGCACUUCAUAUGUAUGGGUUGUGGACCGAGUUCAGACAGCUUGACACUCGUAUCUUGCUCUAACUUGUUCUUUUUAAGUAUUCAGGCAUGCGCAUCCGGAACAAUGCCUGUAGUUGGAAUUUCUCGUUCUGCGAAGGGUUAUUCUAUAAUUUUAGUCCUUGAGACUAUGAAGACGUUUUCAGUAGAGGAUGGUCUGACAGAAGAGGCUUUAGUUACCAAGCUUCGCACUUGUCACUACCAUCAUUUAUUGCUGCAUACAUCUCUGAGACGCAACUCCUCAGGUACUUGUCGUUGGGGAGAAUUUGGUGAGGGAGGACUAUUAUGGGGAGAAUGUAGUGCUAGACACUUUGAAUGGUUUGAAGGGGAUCCUGUAUCUCAACUUUUGUUUAAGGUGAAGGAGCUCUAUGGUUUUGAUGAUCAAGUUACAUUUAGAAAUGUCACUGUGUCUGCAGAGAAAAGACCCCGUUCUUUACACCUCGGCACAGCUACACAAAUUGGUGCCAUACCAACAGAGGGCAUACCGUGUUUGUUAAAGGUGUUGCUUCCAUCAAAUUGCACUGGUCUACCUCUUUUGUAUGUUAGAGAUCUUCUUCUCAACCCUCCUGCUUAUGAGAUUGCAUCCAUAAUUCAAGCAACAUGCAGACUCAUGAACAAUGUAACGUGCUCGAUUCCUGAGUUUACUUGUGUUUCCCCUGCAAAGCUUGUGAAGCUACUUGAGCUUAGGGAGGCUAAUCAUAUUGAGUUCUGCAGAAUAAAAAGUGUACUUGAUGAAAUAUUGCAGAUGCAUAGAAACUCUGAUCUUAACAAAAUCCUUAAAUUAUUGAUGGAUCCUACCUGGGUGGCAACUGGAUUGAAGAUUGACUUUGACACAUUGGUGAACGAAUGUGAAUGGAUUUCAGCUAGAAUUGGUAAAAUGAUCUUUCUUGAUGGUGAAAAUGAUCAAAAGAUAAGUUACCAUCCUAUCAUUCCAAAUGACUUUUUUGAGGACAUGGAAUCUCCUUGGAAGGGUCGUGUGAAGAGGAUCCAUGUAGAAGAAGCAUUUGCUGAAGUGGAAAGAGCAGCUGAGGCAUUAUCUUUAGCCAUCUCCGAAGAUUUUCUACCUAUUAUUUCAAGAAUAAAAGCUACCACAGCCCCACUUGGAGGUCCAAAAGGAGAAGUUGUAUAUGCUCGAGAGCAUGAAGCUGUUUGGUUCAAGGGAAAACGUUUUGCACCAGUUGCAUGGGCAGGUACUCCAGGGGAAGAACAAAUUAAGCAGCUUAGACCUGCUAUAGAUUCAAAAGGUAGAAAGGUCGGAUUGGAAUGGUUUACCACAGUGAAGGUGGAGGAUGCACUAACAAGGUACCAUGAGGCUGGGGACAAGGCAAAAGCAAGGGUCUUGGAAUUGUUGAGGGGACUUUCUGCGGAGUUACAAACUAAAAUUAACAUCCUUAUCUUUGCUUCCAUGUUGCUUGUCAUUGCAAAGGCAUUAUUUGCUCAUGUGAGUGAAGGGAGAAGAAGGAAAUGGGUUUUCCCCUCUCUUGUAGAGUUGCAUAGGUCUAAGGACAUGGAACCUCUGGAUGGAGCUAAUUGGAUGAAGAUAACUGGUUUAUCACCAUAUUGGUUGGACGUGGCACAAGGCAGUGCUGUGCAUAAUACAGUUGAUAUGAAAUCAUUGUUUCUUUUGACAGGACCUAAUGGGGGUGGUAAAUCAAGUUUGCUUCGAUCAAUUUGUGCAGCCGCAUUACUUGGAAUAUGUGGAUUUAUGGUGCCUGCAGAAUCGGCCUUGAUUCCUCAUUUUGAUUCUAUUAUGCUUCACAUGAAAUCUUAUGAUAGCCCAGCUGAUGGAAAAAGUUCAUUUCAGAUUGAAAUGUCAGAGAUGCGAUCUAUAAUCACUGGAGCCACUUCAAGAAGCCUGGUGCUGAUAGAUGAAAUCUGCCGAGGAACAGAAACAGCAAAGGGGACAUGUAUUGCUGGUAGCAUAGUUGAAACUCUUGAUAAGAUUGGUUGUCUGGGUAUUGUAUCCACCCACUUGCAUGGUAUAUUUACCUUGGGACUGAAUACUAAGAAUGCUAUUUGUAAAGCAAUGGGAACUGAAUAUGUUGAUGGCAAAACAAAACCGACCUGGAAGCUGAUAGAUGGAAUCUGUAGAGAAAGCCUUGCCUUUGAAACAGCUCAGAAGGAGGGAAUUCCUGAAACAAUUAUCCGAAGAGCAGAAGAGCUGUAUCUUUCAAUCUAUUCAAAAGACUUGUUACCAGGAAGAAAUGAAACAGAACUGGAACAUUUUUGUCUUGAUACAACUGUAAAUACUUCAGGUGAAGUCUAUAAUCAAUUAAGUAGAAUUACAGGGGGAACUAUUUGUCCUAAAAUUGAGUCAACAAAUGAAAUGGAAGUCUUACAUAAGAAAGUUGAGAGUGCAGUCACCAUUCUUUGCCAAAAGAAGCUGAAGGAGCUCUAUAAGCAGAAUAACACGUCAAAACUUCCAGGGAUAAACUGUGUGGCCAUUUUGCCAGGGGAACAGCCACCGCCAUCAACAAUUGGUGCUUCAAGUGUGUAUGUGUUGUUUAGCACUGAUAAGAAACUUUAUGUUGGAGAGACAGAUGAUCUUGAAGGCAGAGUCCGUGCGCAUCGAUCAAAGGAAGGAAUGCAGAAGGCCUCGUUCCUUUAUUUUGUGGUCCCAGGGAAGAGCUUGGCAUGCCAACUCGAAACGCUUCUCAUCAACCAGCUGCCUGUCCAGGGGUUCCAAUUGGUCAAUAGAGCUGAUGGUAAACACCGAAAUUUUGGCACAUCGGAUCACUCCAUGGAAGUUGUGACCUUGCAUCAAUGAGCCUGCGCUCCUUGCCACCCAUUUUGUAGAAUGGUUCCAUCUUUGAAAUAUGUACUUGAAUGACAAAAACCAGAUGAAAGUGGCUGCAGCAAUUUUGGUUUUUUGGAUGUCUGUUGCUCCACUUGCAUUAGUAUUAUCUACCUGAUGAAAUAUGCAUUUAUAUUGCGUGCUCUACAGUUUCUCUCUA